ACAAAGCUGUAUUCGGAGUGCCUCUCUUACUUAACCUACAACGAACUGGACAGGCUCUUCCAACCUGCAUUCAGGCCUCUUUUUCUUAUUUACGGAAAACGUCUUUAGACUCAGUGGGAAUCUUUCGUAAGUCAGGAGUUCGAUCCCGCAUCCAGAAACUCCGAAACUUAAACGAGUCCAAUCCAUAUAAUGACACCUACGAAGACCAACAAGCCUACGAUGUUGCUGAUAUGCUAAAACAGUAUUUUCGUGACCUACCUGAGGCACUGCUCACUAAUAAAUGGUCGGAAACAUUUAUCAGUAUUUUUCUUUAUAUUCCUCAUAUGGACAGACUUGAUGCUCUUCAUGCAGCGAUAAUGCUGAUGCCUGAUGAAAAUCGAGAAGUCCUUCAAAGUCUAAUCGCUUUCUUGCAAGAAGUCUGUAAAAAUGCAGAUGAAAAUCAGAUGACGGCUACCAACUUGGCUGCUUGUUUGGCGCCAUCUUUAUUCCACCUUACAACAACAGCUAACAAUAAAAAUGUUAGUUCCCGAAGAAGUAAAACAGUAGGGGUUCCCGACCAACGAGAACUGAAUGAGAUCCGAGCAGCACAUGAAUGUUUAACUUACAUGAUAAUGAACUACAGACAUCUUUUCUCGGUUUCAGAAGAGCUUCUUAGGCGGUCAGUUUUAACUGAAUGGAGUCCAUCAACGCUAGAGGAGCUACACUGUUUUACUGAUAAUGGAUAUUCCAACUGGAAAUCUAUUGUAGAUGAGUGUAUUCAAGAAUUCCAACGAAAUUCAAAGGACAAAGCAAAGUGGUGGAUAGCUGUACAGAAUACUGAAAACGUGGAAAUAUCUUAUAAGAAAGUUGAUGACCUUCACCCUUUAAGAUUAUGGAGGAUCACUGUCGAUGUUGAAGCGCCACCUGUCGAGGUACUCAACAGAAUUUUAAGAGAAAGAAACGUAUGGGACAACAGGUUGCUGAAGUCUCGAGUUGUCUGUAGAUUAGACAAGCAAUCUGAAGUGUUUCAUUACGUGCGUUCGUCCCUUUGGCCUCUUCCUAAAAGGGACUAUUGUGUUUUCAGGUCUUGGAAAACUGACCUUCGUAAAGGGACCUGUUUACUUGUGGAGCAAUCAGUCGAUCACCAUGAUGCUACUCCCGUAUUAGAGGGAGUUCGUGUUACUGUCCUGACUUCCAAUUACCACAUCGAACCAUGUGGAGCAGGCAAGUCUCGUGUUACCCAUUAUUCUCGAGUUGACUCCAGGGGAAGGUCUCCAGAGUGGUACAAUAAAGUCUUUGGUCACAUUUGCGCGGUGGAUCUCGUGCAUCUUCGAGAUUCUUUCAACCAUGGUAGCGAAGGGCCGGAAACUAAAGUCUAAGGUAUUUAUCUGAAAUGGCGUCGUUUAAAAGCCUUGGAUGCAUUCAUUGAAUAGAUUCUUGCCCCUUAUGUGCUCAGGUUCAUCACAAAAUUGUACAGCGGUGACUUGUACUUCCUCGUAUUUCAAGACCGUUAACGCCAUGCAGUACGUAAUAGCUAGUCAUCACUUCAGCUCAAGGCGUGAGAGGGUUCCAAAGAUACUUCCACACAGCAAAAGUGGGGUUGUAAUUUUUAGAACAUACUCGUAUUUCAGAAGUCUUUAACAAGGGGAAACUGAAAAUAUGUGAGAGAAAAAAAGUUGCCUAAACUGUUCUAAACUGAGAACAUUACGCAUGACGUCAGUGAGAAGGACAGCGCAGUGUUAUUGAGAGAAAACCAGCAAAAGAAGUGUUCACAGUCCCUCACAUGUUCAAUAAAGACGAAAAUAAGACAAAAUCGAUUGAUUAGUCAAACUGCUAGCAUACUAGUGUAUUGAUCAAUUUAUAUCAAGCAUUUUUAUAUUACAUAGGCCUCACCUUCGUUAUCUGUUAAGUUCAACUAUUUUUAUUCUUCAUAUGUUAGGGAAGAAUGCACAACUUUCAACUUCUUUCUCAUUUGUCAAACUAGACCACGAAAUAUCUUUAAUAUUUUGUUCUACAUAGUCUUUGUUUAUGUAACUAAUUUUUAGAGUGAUUAUAAUGUUUUUAACGUUUACUUCCAAUGCAGUUAAUUAUUACACAACAAAUAACACUAAAAUUUCAUAUGUUCAAGAGUUGUAAGUCAUUUUGAUAAUGUGAACGCAGUGAAUUAGUUUUAAGAUGUCAGAUAUUGACAUAUAUUAUUUCGAUACUUUCCAAGGUAUCUUUCUAAUAAUUAGCAUGAUGUAAAUCUACAAAAUAUAUAUUAAUAAUGUUACUACCGUGUCAAAUUUUAAGAACUUCAUAAUGAGAUCUGAGCGGUUUAUAAAUAUCUGAAAGUUUUCGUUUUUUUAGUUUUGAAAAAGUUAAUAUUUCAAACAGCAGAAAUAAUUUAAAGCUUCCAUAUUGGAUUGUUUAAUUUGUUUCUUCUAAAGUGUGUACAAUUUUAAAAGUAAUAUGUGUUUACUAACAGGUUUAAUUUCUUAGACAAUAUAAAGACAAGUACAGUUAAAAUAUAUUGUAAAGUAAUCAUUCCUUUCAAAAUUAGCAAAUACAAUGAAUGUUGAUUUCUAAAAAAUACCAAAAAAAUCUUUCAGGUACUGCCUCACAACUAUAGUUUUAUUUUGCGUUUGGUUUAAUAUUCAAAGUAUUAAAAAAACAAAAGACUUUAAAUUACAGAAAAGAACUAUUUUUUAUCUAUGAAAAACCUCCAGCUUACAUAUGUAUUGAACCUUAUUUGACUGUACUCAUAAGUCAUUAAAUGCUUAUUUUGUA